UGGCUCAAAAAUGGACGAUUUUAAAUUAAAGUGUUGGGCAAGAAUGUUGGUAAAUGGAAGUCAUGAUGACGAGACAGUGCCACCAAAUGUUUCGUCUUUUGCGACAGAGCCUAAAUGUGUAGUUAAGUCAUCAACAUCGACUUCUACCUGUUCUACCUCAGCACAACCCAGCAAACGAGAAAUGGAUGCCACGGGAGUAAACGAAGCGCAGAUCAAAGCACGAGGACUAAUUCUUGGCCAAUGUCAUAGCAACGAGGAGUUUCAAGAGCAGAAAAAGAUGUUGGAGGACCUCAAAAAACCUAAUUGCACCGAGCAAUGAUGUAAUGAUGUAAGGUUUUAUUCGCAUAGUAUU